GUCAUCGUCGUACGGCGACGCGCGGGUGCUGUAUCCCGCACCGACCUUGCCGUAUGUGGCCUGUCUCGGUGAACUUUUCUCCAACUUGUGUGCAGCGCCGUGUUGUAUUCCUUGGCAUGCUCGUUCGCCAAUUAUCUCCUGGUUUCAUUCCCUACAAGAGUGCACAUGUGAUGAGACUGGCAAGGGUUAGUGUUGGAACUCCAACGUGAACCCCCGUCUGCAACUCUGACCAUACCCCAGUUUGGUCAUCAUGGAACGAGACCACCGGGACUACCGAGAACCCCAAGUCCAAACCGGACCGCGCGCUGACGGAUUUUCUAGUAUACCCAAUGAGAUACAGUCAUCUUGCAGUGGGGGCUCUUCGGCGUUUGGGACCAAUAGUUCUCAUGUUCCCGUACUCGACACUUAAGCUUGGCAGCUUGGACUUCAUCGGCUUGGCAAUUAUUUCUCCUGUUGCCAUCUUGGGCUAUGUUGCAUCAAGACCUGCGAUUUGCGUUCGCGCCACGAACCAGGAACAGGUGUCUGGCAAGGUCAGCCGAACUGCAGCGAGGGUUGCAGGCUGGUCUAUCAUCCUGCCGAAACCCCGAAUCUUCAGUACUUGUGACAGGCUUGGCCUGUGCGCAGGAAUCUGGCUCUGGGGAGCACAGAUCAAAUGCCCCACUACUUAAGAGAGCAU